AAGAAACCAGGGCAUCAAAGGUGCCCUUCACUUUUACUUUCCUGACAGACAAAAUGAUUAAAAAAGAGAGGAGCGUGUGUCAACAGACUCGGGCCCUUCUGCACAAGAAUUUUCUCAGAAAAUGGAGAAUGAAAAAAGAGAGCGUGUUGGAGUGGACCAUGGUGCUCUUCCUGGGGCUCGCUCUCUGCCUCUUUGCAGAGCUCUUCAGAGCUACUCAUUUCCUGGAACAGCCGCCUCGGGUCCUGGGACGUGUGGAUGAGUUUAACGACUCCGACCCGGUGCUGGUGGCCUACACCCCGGUCACUAACGUGACCCAGAGCAUCAUGGAUAAGGUGGCUGCAGCUGCCUUCAUGAAAGGAAGAACAGUCCUUGGGAUCCCUAAUGAAGACGCCAUGGACAGAGUGCGCCCAAGGAACGACUCUGAGAUGGUGGGAAUUGUGUUCAACGACACUUUCUCAUACCGGCUGAAGUUCAGCUGGGGACACAGGGUCCCGGUCGUAAGAGAGCACUUCGAGUACUCGGACCACUGUUGGGCUCUCCGUGAUGAAGCUUUCUGUCUGUUGUCAAUAUACUGGCAAAACGGGUUUGUGGCUUUUCAAACUGCGAUCAAUGCUGCAAUUAUACAAGUCACCACGAAUCAUUCUGUUAUGGAAGAGUUGACAUCAGUUGUUGGAAUAAAUAUGAGGACGCCCCCUUUCAUUUCUAAGGGAGAGAUUAUAAACGAGUGGUUCAUUUUCAUCUGUAUUGUUUACUUCUCCCCUUUUGUGUAUGUUGCAUCGUUAAACAUCACAAAGGAACGGAAAAAAUUUAAGAAGCUGAUGACAGGGAUGGGUCUGCAGCAGUCAGCAUUUUGGCUCUCCUGGGCGCUGAUGUAUGCUGGCUUCGUCUCUGUUGUAUCCAUUUUCAUGACUCUGGUUAUAAAAUUAUUCCAAAUGAUUAUCCUUACUGGCUUCAUGGUGGUAGUCACGCUUUUCACCCUGUAUGGCCUGUCUUUGAUAGCACUGGCUUUCCUCCUCUGCGUGCUGAUAAAGAGACCCAUCCUGACGGGCGUGGUUGCCUCUCUCUUCACUGUGUUUUGGGGCUGUCUGGGCUUCACUGCAUUGUACAGACAACUCCCGUCGUCACUGGGAUGGGCUUUAUGUCUGUUUAGCCCUUUUGCCUUCACUGCUGGGGUGGCUCAGAUUUCGCAUCAAGAGUAUCACGUGAGUGCUGUUGUUUUCCCCGAUCCCUCUGGGGAGUCAAACACAAUGAUACUGGUUUUCUUCCUUCUGGCAUUUGACACUCUGCUCUAUUUGACAUUAACAUUAUAUUUUGAGCACAUUUUGCCUGAUGAAAACGGCCAGCGGCGUUCACCACUGUUUUUCCUGAAGUCUUCCUUUUGGUCCCAACACAAAAGCACUCACCGUGAAGUCUUCGGGAAUGAAAUGAAUUCUGAGCUCUCCUGCGGUGAUUCUUUCGAGCCAGUGUCUCCAGAGUUCCACGGAAAAGAAGCCAUAAGAAUCAGAAAUCUUAAAAAAGAAUAUAAAGGAAAGCCUGGAAAAGUAGAAGCAUUGCAAGGCCCGCUUCAUUGCAGUAUAAUCCGAAGUCUAACUUUCAGAUUUUAUCCGGAGACAGGCAUAUGUCUUGACGUCUAUGAAGGCCAGCUCACGGCGAUUCUUGGACACAGCGGAGCUGGCAAGUCCUCGUUGCUGAGCAUCCUUGGCGGCUGGUCUGCUUGUACCGAAGGAUCUGCCACUAUUUAUAACACCCAACUCUCUGAAAUAAUGGACAUGGAAGAAAUCAGAAAUUACACUGGAUUUUGUCCACAAUUUAAUAUCUACUUCGAUUUUCUUACUGUGAGAGAAAACCUCAGGCUGUUUGCUAAAAUAAAAGGGAUUCCAGCAAAAGAAGUGGAACAAGAGGUAAAAGGCAUAGUGAUGGAAUUAGACAUGCACGAUAUUCAAGAUGUCGUUGCUAAAGAAUUAAGCGGUGGACAGAAGAGAAAACUCACGUUUGGGAUUGCCAUUUUAGGAGAUCCUCAGGUUUUGCUCCUGGACGAGCCAACUGCUGGACUGGACCCUUCCUCAAGGCACCUCGUGUGGAACUUCCUGAAGGAGCGGAAAACCAACCACACGGUCCUUUUUACUACCCAGUUCAUGGACGAGGCUGACAUCCUGGCUGAUAGGAAAGUGUUUCUGUCUAAUGGGAAGCUCAGAUGCGCAGGGUCGUCUUUGUUCCUGAAGCGGAAAUGGGGUAUUGGAUAUCAUUUAAGUUUACACAGGAAUGAAAGGUGCAAUACAGAGAGAAUCACCUCCCUCAUCACACAGCACAUCUCAGACGCCAAGUUGACAGCGGAAAGUGAAGAAAAGCUUGUGUAUACUUUGCCAUUGGAGAGAACAGACAGGUUUCCAGAUCUUUGCAGAGACCUUGAAAAUUCUUCUGACCAGGGCAUAAUGAAUUUUGGUGUUUCCAUGACAACUCUAACCGAAGUAUUCUUGAACCUAAAAGGCAGAUCAGCAAUUGAUGAGCCAGAUCCCCGUGUCGGGGCCCCGGCGGGAAUCGUCGUGACCCCCGACCCUGGAGCGCAGUCCGAUGUCCCUCAGGCUCUUCGUUCCCUUCCUGAAGUGAAAACGGCCGCCAGCUCCGCAGCUCUGUGGAGGCGCCAAGUCUGUGCGGUGGCGAGACUCCGCUUCUUAAAGUUGCGGAAUGAGAGGAAGGUCUUCCUGUCCUUGUUAGUGGUGUUCGGAAUUGCUUUAAUCCCCACUGUCUGCGAGAGGAUCGUGUUUUCUGUGCUUUUCCGUGAUCAUUGCUGGGAGUUUUCACCCGGAAUGUACUUCCUUUCUCUGGAACAGCUGCCUCAAGCUCCUCUGACCGAUCUGUUGAUCAUCAACAACACAGGAUCCAGUAUUGAAGACGUUGUGCAGUCCCUGAAGCGUCAGGAUCUCGUUUUGGAAGUAGAUGAUGCUAGAAACCGAAAUGGCUCAGACGACCCUUCCUACAAUGGAGCCAUCAUCGUGUCUGGUGGCCACAAGGAUUACAGAUUUUCAGUUGCAUGCAAUACCAAGAGGAUGAACUGUUUUCCUGUUCUCAUUGGGAUUGUUAGCAAUGCCCUGCUUGGAAUCUUUAAUGUCACGGAGCUUAUUAAGACGGAGAGAAGCACGUUUCCGCCCGAUGACCCAAGAUGGGCAAUUGGCAUUUUGGAUUUUCUUUUGCUGCUCGUCGUAAACUGCCUUUCUCCUUACGUUGGGAUGAGCAGCGUCAGCGAUUACAAACAAAAAGCCCAAUCUCAGUUAUGGAUCUCAGGCCUCUGUCCUUCAGCAUACUGGUGUGGACAGGCCCUGGUGGACAUCCCAUUUUAUUUUGGAAUUCUUUUUUCAGUACAUUUAAUGUACUACAUAUUUUUGGAAUCCUCAAUUGUACUAGAAUUCCUGUUUGCUCUGGUGGUUUGUGUGGCUGGCUGUGCAGCGUGUCUUACGCUCCUCGCAUACGUGAUUUCAUUCCUCUUUCCCACGGGAAGGAAAAACAACGGCUUUUGGGCUCUCAGCUUUUUUCUUAUCUCAUUCUUCAUGCUCAUCCUCCUGGGACUAACUCGUUCUGAAAAUAUUAUAAUUUUAUGUAUAAUUUUAAUACCUUCAUGCACUUCAGUCUUUUUUCUUGCCCGAAUGAUAGAGCUGUCCUCUAUGUAUCACAGAAGGUCCGAAAGUCGGGACUCUGAGAAAAGUGCAGUUGAUGAAAUCAUGCUCCUAGCAGUCUUCAUACCAUACCUUCAGAUCAUCGUUUUUCUUUUUAUUAUACGGUGCCUGGAAAUGAAGUAUGGAAAAGAAACAAUGAGGAAAGAUCCAUUUUUCAGAAUCUCUCCAAGAAGAAGGGAAUAUCGUCCAAACCCAGAAGAACCGGAAGAAGAGGAUGAAGACGUUCACAGGGAAAGGGUGAAAACGGCGAACGCGCUCGCUGCGUCCGGCUCAGAUGAGAAGCCGGUAAUAUUGGCAAGCUGUUUACGCAAGGAAUAUGAACAGAAAAGGAAAAGGUGCUUUUCAGCAAGAAGGACGAAAACAGCCGUUCGGAACGUUUCCUUCUGUAUUAACAAAGGUGAAGUGUUGGGAUUGCUGGGGCACAGUGGAGCUGGGAAGAGCACUUCUGUCAAGAUGAUAACUGGGGACACAACGCCGACCGCGGGAGUGGUGGUGUUCGGUGGCCGCGGAACGCCUCCGGCGCGACAGGCAGGCGGCGGCCCCGGGGAUCUGGGGUACUGUCCGCAGGAGGAUGUGCUGUGGCCCAGCCUCACAGUCCGGGAACACUUGGACCUGUACGCGGCCGUGAGAGGCCUGGCCGAAGACGAGGCUGCUCUCAGCAUUUCAAGGCUGGCAGAUGCGCUGAAGCUGCAGGACCAGAUGGCACUCCCCACCAAGGCCUUACCCGAGGGGGCCAAGAGAAAGCUGAGCUUCGCACUGAGCAUCCUGGGGAGCCCGGCCGUGCUGCUCCUGGACGAGCCGACCACGGGGAUGGACGCCGAGGGGCAGCUGCAGAUGUGGCAGGCAAUCCAGGCCUUUGUUAAAAGCUCGGCGAGGGGCGCCCUGCUGACCACCCACUCCAUGGCCGAGGCAGAGGCUGUGUGCGACCGUGUGGCCGUCAUGGUGUCCGGAAGGCUGAGGUGUAUCGGUUCCAUUCAGCAUCUGAAAAGCAAGUUCGGCAAAGACUAUUUACUGGAGGUGAAGGUAAAGGCGCUCACCCUGGUGGAGCCUCUGCACACGGAGAUCCUCAAGCUCUUCCCCCAGGCUGCUCGGCAGGAGAGAUAUUCCUUCGUGAUGGCAUAUAAAUUACCCAUAGAGGAUGUUCACCCUCUGUCUCAGACCUUUUCCAAAUUAGAGGCAGUGAAACAGGCCUUCGACCUGGAAGAAUACAGCCUUUCCCAGGCCACCUUGGAGCAGGUAUUCUUAGAACUCUCCAAAGAGCAGGAGCUGGGGAAUAUGGAUGAUGACGUUGACACGACAGUCAGAUGGAAACUUCUGCCGCAGGAAGAGUCUUAAGACCCUGGACCUCCUCAUGUCAGAUGUUAGCUCUCACUGCAUCCUCAGUUCCCGUAACUGCAGAAGAAGCGCAUGU